GGCCAGUAGAAUUUUAAUGAAACCCAGAAUUGAGACCUGGAGCCAGGUGAUGGAGAUAAAUCACCGAGCCUUUUGGCUCUUCCAGAAAAGAUGUAUUCUCUUAUACCUGGCCCAUCACUUUCCAGUAUUGGUUUUCCCUGUAGCCAUUCACACAGUGGGAAGGGACAGUGGCUGUCUUGAUGAAGAAUCAAGAAAAGUCUGAGGGAGUGAAUGACUAAUAAAAGAGAUGGGCUCUUGAAAAGCUUUAAAAUAGUAGAUGUUGUUAGACGUUCAGGUUCUUAGUUGUUGAUGCAUGUGAAGGCUACUGGCGAGUGGUAGGAUAUUUAAAAAUGGUCUUUCCUGAUUCUCCUUCCUUUUCUACUGUAGACACACACACGUGUCAGUUUUUGAUGCCCCCUCUCCCUCCUUAGUCCAUCCAGGCCAACCUUCGUGCUGAGUGCCCCUGUGGAAGACCAGCAUGGCCUUCCCUUGGGAGAGAGGUACCCUUGGGAGGAUGAUGUCUACAGAAAGUGCCAACAGCUUCACUCUGAUCGGGGAGGCAUCUGAUGGCGGCACCAUGGAGAAUCUCAGCCGAAGACUGAAGGUCACUGGGGACCUUUUUGACAUCAUGUCAGGCCAGACCGAUGUGGAUCACCCGCUGUGUGAGGAAUGCACAGACACUCUUUUAGACCAACUGGACACUCAGCUCAACGUCACUGAAAAUGAGUGUCAGAACUACAAACGCUGUUUAGAGCUCUUAGAGCAGAUGAAUGAGGACGACAGUGAACAGCUACAGAGGGAGCUAAAGGAGCUGGCAUUAGAGGAGGAGAGGCUGAUCCAGGAGCUGGAAGAUGUGGAAAAGAACCGCAAGAUAGUGGCGGAAAAUCUCGAGAAGGUCCAGGCUGAGGCUGAGAGACUGGAUCAGGAGGAAGCUCAGUAUCAGAGGGAGUACAGUGAAUUUAAGCGACAACAGCUGGAGCUGGACGAUGAGCUGAAGAGUGUGGAAAACCAGAUGCGUUAUGCCCAGAUGCAGCUGGACAAGCUGAAGAAAACUAAUGUCUUCAAUGCGACCUUCCACAUCUGGCACAGUGGACAGUUCGGCACAAUCAAUAACUUCCGACUGGGUCGCCUGCCCAGUGUUCCCGUGGAAUGGAAUGAGAUCAAUGCUGCCUGGGGUCAAACGGUGUUGCUGCUCCAUGCCCUGGCCAAUAAGAUGGGUCUGAAAUUUCAGAGGUAUCGACUUGUUCCCUAUGGAAACCAUUCGUAUCUGGAGUCUCUGACAGACAAAUCUAAGGAGCUGCCGUUAUAUUGCUCUGGGGGGUUGCGGUUUUUCUGGGACAACAAGUUUGACCAUGCCAUGGUGGCUUUCCUGGACUGUGUGCAGCAGUUCAAAGAAGAGGUAGAGAAAGGCGAGACCCGUUUUUGUCUUCCUUACAGGAUGGAUGUGGAGAAGGGCAAGAUUGAAGACACAGGAGGAAGUGGCGGCUCCUAUUCGAUCAAAACGCAGUUUAACUCUGAGGAACAGUGGACAAAAGCUCUCAAGUUCAUGCUGACGAAUCUUAAGUGGGGGCUUGCUUGGGUGUCCUCACAGUUUUAUAACAAAUGACUUUUUUUUUCCUUAGGGAAAUGUUUGCCUUAAAGGCUUUAAAUUUUGUUUUGUUUGCAAAGAGAAAAAUGUUUUAAAUUAAAUUCGGGUACUAUUAAACAGCACAUGUUUACAAUACCAAAAAAGAAAAAAAAUCCACAAAAGCCACUUUAUUUUAGGGUAUCAUGUGACAGAUGGUUUCCAGAGCUACCAGCCUUUGUCAUAUUUUUGACUCUUAACCCCAUACCUUCCUUGCCCUCUCUCCUCUCAAAACAACUAAUUUAAAUUUGCUUUUGUUGUUGUUGUUGUUGUUAACUGAGUUGAAUUGAGAUUGAUGUGUUUUCACUGGGUUUUAUCUCUCUCAACUUCCUGCACUUACAAUAUGAACUAGAAACUUUUUUUUUUUUUAAGAUUUUAUUUAGUCAUUUGACAGAGAGAGACACAGCGAGAGAGGGAACACAAGCA